CAAAGAACGGCAGCGAUGAACGCGGCUUCUGUGAGCGCCGUCUUCUCGGCUAUGCUAGUGUCAGCAUUAGCCCUGCUCCCCGAAAAUGCACCCAUCGUGCGCACAGAGUGCGGACUCGUGACCGGACAGACGCUCACGGUGAGCGGCCAAAAAGUGGACGCCUUUUACGGUGUGCCAUACGCUGAACCGCCCGUCCAAGAAUUGCGUUUUCGCAAACCCGUGCCGGCGAGGCCAUGGAACGGCACUUUCCGAGCCACGUCAAAACCCCCGCCGUGCGCCCAAACAAACCACUUCCACACGGACAAUGUGACGCUGUACUACGGGCUAUUCAACUCAGAAGACUGUCUUUACUUGAAUGUGUGGAGGCCGACCAAGCCUUGCAAGGACACCGUUUCUUGCAAGGCGAACCUUCCCGUCAUCGUCUUCAUACACGGUGGCGCAUUUCAGUGGGGCGACUCCGCCAUCUUUCUCCACGACGGAGCCAACUUCGUGGCACUUUCCAACGUGGUCUUCGUGAGCUUCAAUUACCGGCUCAACGUGUUCGGGUUUCUGUCGGCCGACACGGGUGAGCUUCCGGGCAACUGGGGUCUCUGGGACCAGAAUCUGCUCCUCAAGUGGGUACAGAGGAACAUCGCCUUCUUCGGCGGCGAUCCGAAACAGGUGACGCUCCUCGGCCAGAGCGCCGGUGCCAUAUCGGCGGCCAUACACGCGGUGUCGCCCUAUGGUGAAGGUCUCUUCAAGAGAAUGAUCAUGCUCAGCGGAAGCCCGAUUAACGUCGUCUUCACCGUAGCAGCCAAGGGGGUCGACAUCGUCAUGAGCCUCGCGCGCCACGUCAAGUGCGUCGGCUGGAGGCCCCGAGAACUCGCCGAUGUCAUGGACUGCCUCCGGAGCGUCGACAAGGAGGACUUCCUGCGGCUGCUGAACGGCGUGGACCCGCGAAAGACAAUUUACGCGCCGGUGAGCGGUGACGCCUACGUGCCCAACGACUGCUCCUUCCUAAGCACUUGGCGCAACAAGAUCCGCAGCACCGAGGUGAUGGUCGGCACCAUGAAGGACGAGGGGUCCCUGUUCAUGGACAUCGCUUUCCGGCUGGCGCCCUUUGUUCGAAGCUACAUUGACAUCGACCACCGCACCACGGCCACGGCCAUCAUCAGCGCUCUACUCAAGAUUUCUGGCGGCUCGGCCAAGGUGGUGACCGAGGCGUACUUCCCCGACGACCAUCCGGGCGACAAGGAGGCGGUUCUGCGCACCCUUCAGGAAGCAGCCGGCGAGGGCCUCUUCGUGUGUGCCUCCAACUUCUUCGCAGAGGUGGCUGCCGACCAGGGCCUGCCCGUCUACCGCUACGUCUUCGCGCACCGGCCCAGUUACAGCCUGUGGCCCCGCUGGUACGGCGCCACGCACGGCGACGACAUGCCGUUCGUGCUCGGCUCGCUGCCUUUCUACGGAGAUCCGAGCCGGUACACGGAAGCCGUGCUUCCCAACCGGGCUCUCUACGACGCCGUCAAACACACCGAUCAGGAGGAGCGCCUUAUGAGCGACAUGGUUGGCGCUAUCGCGGCCUUCGCCAGGGCAGGGAAGCCGACGGUGCCGCUGUCGAACGACAGUUGGCCGCUCUACACGUCCGCCAAUCCCGAGUACGUGAGCGUGGAACUGAACGGACCCACGAAGCGGCUCGGGCCAAGUCGCGACAUCUGCAACGUCUGGAGGCGCUUCCUCAUCAAGAAGGAAGCCGAGGAGAAAGAGAUAAUGGAGACUGAAGAGGAAGAAGAGGAGGAAGACGGAGAGGAAGACGGAGAGGAGGAAGAAGAAGAAGCAACAGAGGAUAGCCAUUCUGGAAACACAAUACAGCAAGCGAGUCCAGUGACAACACCGAGGUCCUCCUUGUCGUCCCUUUCUGCAGCUCUUCAACCAGGAAAGACUUUGAGUCGCAGAGGCAACGGCGUAGCAGCAGCGGGCUGUUUACAACCAGUGUUGCUGGUCACUUGUGUUAUCGCAGCAUCACUAGUCAGCAGGCUGAGAGUAUAGUGGUGCUCUGUUUAUAGCGAAAGAGACAUACAGGCCAUGCCCAGGAACAGCGUUUUGGUGCCUCCAUAAUAUGUGUGCAAGUAGUAAUAUCCUUCAAGCUAUCAACGUUGCCGUGCACACGAGCCACUGUAACGUUACGUUUCUUUUUGAGUGCGUAGCACUUUAGGGGCCCGGCUUGUCCAUCCGUAGAUCCCAUGUGGCGUGAUCGCGCUCAAAAUCAAGUGGUCAAAGCAAGGUUCAAUAUGCUCAAAACCAUGUUAAAGUAAACGAACAAUGUCUAAAAUAAUAUGACUAACAGAAAUAACCAAGAAGUCACCUCGAUAAUUAACUUAAAAUUGCUAAAAACGCUUCAGAAGCAUGCGGCUGACACCCGCGCCGCGCAAGAGAGGGCGCCGCCGCCUCGCCAAGUGGGAGUCUGCUCCUCCCACCGGCGCUUCUUCGUUGCCUUCGUCGCUACACCUGAACGGGGGAAACAACCUGACGGAACUCGCUGUAGACGACACGUAUCUCAACUGCCGUAACGAGCAGGUAGUCGAUGAAGCGCAGCGAAAACUAGCGCGCAUGUCGCACACCGAGUUUGCGAAACUCCUAUCUAGAUUCUACUCGUGCCGAGGAAACCUUAUAUACAUGGUUACUUCAAACAUUGACGUCAUCGACUGUUUGGUAAACGGAGCAGUGGAAACUCUACGAAAGGGAAUC